AUGUCUCUCCAAGCGUACAUCAAUAAAAAAGUCCUCAUUCUCACCGUGGACGGCCGCACCCUCCUCGGCACCCUCCUCUCCACCGACCAGCUCACCAACCUCGUCCUCUCCAACACCAUCGAGCGCAUCAUCCGCACCCCGGACGACGACGAGCCCUCGUCCCAGAUCGAGCAUGGUCUGUACCUGAUCCGCGGCGACAACGUGGUUGUCUGUGGUGAGAUUGACGAGAAGAUUGACGCCGACAUCGACUGGGCCAAGGUGAAGGGCGAGGUCAUCCGGGACACGAAGAAUGCAUGA